UGAGCAGAGGAGAAAAAACACAAAGUAAGUUUUCUUGCCAGUUACAAUUGCAAGAUAGUAUCCGUAUAUAAGCCGUAAAGAUUUUGAAACUAUAUUUAAUGUUAAACUUUAUAGUAUGUAUAGGAACGUAAGUUUUUCAUGCUCGCAAAUCUACAACAUAACUGGGAAGACUUACGAUGUCGAAAGCUCGGAUGGUGGUAUACCUGAUAAUUUAGCUAUCAAUUUUUCAAUCUGGUUGAUUGUUUUGUGCAUAUUCUGUGUGAUUCGGCGGUGGGCCUGGGAUUAUGGAAGACUUGCACUUGUACAAAGUAAAGACAAAGGAUGGGCAAAAUUAUUCUUUGGUAAAACAGAAGAAGGCAGCAAUGAGAGGUUAAAUAUCAAUGAUAACGAUGCAGACUUAUCCUAUAUAGAAGAUGUGCAAGAUAAAGGACUUUUGAAAUGGAUUUUGGUGGUUUUCAGACUUUCCGAAAAAGAGAUAAGUCAACGUUCUGGCAAUGAUGCCAUCCAUUAUUUAAAUUUCCAGAGAUGCCUCAUCUAUUAUACGGUCAUUAUAUGUGUUCUGUCAAUGGCAAUAAUUCUUCCUGUAAACCACUCUGGUGAUAAUGUUUCUGAUAAAAAUGGCUACUCCACAACAACUCUAGCGAAUCUUGCGCCAGACUCAAACAUCAUAUGGUUACAUACGGUAUUUGCGUUCCUCUAUUUGGUAAUCUUAAUAGUCAUGGUCUGGAAAUUCUCUCAGGGUUAUGAAACGGACAGUGAUCCAUUAUCACAGCUUACCGUACUCGUUUGUCAUGUCGUGAAAAAUGCAUCAAAGGAUGUAAUCAAGCAGCAUUUUGAGGAAAACUACGGCCGCGACAGUGUGAGCAAUAUACAGUUUGCGUACGACAUAAAUAAACUAAAGAAAAUCAGUCGUCAGAUGACUGCAGCAAGCCUUGGUAGAAAUAUACAUGUUGAAUACCUUGUUAAGCAUGGGCAACGGCGUGAUACUCAAGUGUCUAUAAGUAGUAUAUGUCCUUUUUGUCCUUGCAUGAAAACAAAUCACGACGGUGUGGAUUAUUUUACUAGCGAAGAGGAACGUUUUACAAAGGAUUUUUUCCGCGAAAAAGAGAUUGUGCUGCAACAAAAAAGACUUCGCAUCAUGUUCGUCACGUUUUCAAGACCAAGUUUAGUUGUAAGAUGUGUCAAAGACUAUAGUCUGCUUUUGGGUGGAAAUUACUCUGCAACAUCAAUGUCAACAGUUGUUAAAUCCUGCGAAUGGACUGUCGAACACGCUCCUGCACCUGGCAACAUCAUUUGGGAGAAUCUAUCAUCUGAUCCAAAAUACUGGUGGAUAAGAGCAACUGUGAUAAACUUAUGUUUAUUCAUUUUUGUGCUGUUCUUUACUACGCCUGCAAUUCUCUUAGCUGGAUGGAACAAGUUGAAAUCAUCUCUUGAUAGCAAAGUCCAAUCGCCCAGUAGUCCUUUCUUUAGUCAGUUUCUUCCUACCCUUCUCUUGUGGAUAUUUACCGCCAUUUUACCAUCGGUUGUGUCAUGGUCGAGUUAUUACGAGUGUCAGUGGACCAGAACACAACAAGAGAAGUCAGUGAUGUUCAAAGUUUUUAUUUUUUUGCUUUGUAUGAUAAUUGUACUCCCAUCCCUUGCUCUCACAAGCUUAGACGCUCUGUUUGAGAUAACAAUUCGAGGAGAUUUUCAAUCAAUCAGGGAUAGAAUGGGUUGCGUUUUCCUACCAGAUAGUGGCGCAUUCUUUGUAAAUUAUAUCAUUACAUCGGCUCUCAUUGGUACUGCGCUUGAGUUGCUGCGCAUUCCUGAGUUAGUCGUGUAUGGUUUGAGGAUGUACUACACAAGGACAGAGGGAGAAAGAUUGCUAGAAGCCGUUGUUGAGUUUCCAUUUGGUAUCCAAUACGCUUGGAUGAUUGCAAUCUAUUCAAUAAUAAUCAUUUACAGCAUUGCUUGUCCACUUGUUGUACCAUUUGGACUGCUAUAUCUUCUUUUAAAGCAUUUUGUUGAUCGUUAUAAUCUGUUCUUCAUAUAUCGUCCUCCUGCACAUAAAUAUACGGAUCGCUCAUUGCACAACACUGCUAUAUACUUCCUUAUAUCAUCUGCAUUUUUGUUGCUCUUUUGCAUUUUAUUUUAUUGCAUCAUCAGAUUAGGUAUCAAAGAUCCCCAAACUAUAUUUGCAUUAGUGAUAUUUCUCAUCACACUUACGCUGUUUAUUGGUAAAGUUUGUUUCGGAUGGUUUGCAUCUUAUUCCAUAUUUCGUCGUUCGAAUUCCCUCCAAGGACAAGAAGAAAUUCCUGCGGAUUCAAAAAAUUUGGAAGCUUAUCUACCUCCGGUGUUACAAUCAUCUUACUGCGUCCGAGAAGUGUUGGAAGAGAGGGACACCACAAACCUAAGGAGGCGUCACUAUGGCUCAAAUGACCACGUGAUUGAUUCGGACAAUUUGAAACCACCGAGUGAUGACGUUAUCGUUGAGGUGCCCGUAGACUCGACUAGUGCUGAAGAGCACUAGGUUUUUUGAAUGUUAAAUUGCACAAGCUUGUAACCGGUGUGUGAAAAGGAAAGUUUUGAGCUUUGUGCCUGGAAAGUCUGUCACUUUUCACAUCGAGUUCACAUAGACUGUAGUCAAGAUCGAAGUCUGUCCUCUAAAAAUUUUUAAAGUUUGUAACUAAAAGUUUGCCACAAUAUCUUAAAUUAUUGAAGCCCAAGAUUUAAAGUAAUAUAUUAUUACAUCAUUUGAUGUUAAGGUGUUUGUUAUGUUGACUUUAAGUUAUGAAAGAAGAGUUUUUCUAUAUGUUAUACAAACAUUUUUAAAUGUAUGUCUUUAUGGCGUUUCUUCACUCCCCAGAAGGCUAAUGUGGAUUUUAUUUAAAAAAAAGAUAAAAUAUCACUGCAGUUUGACGAACAAUAUAUUUUAAUCGUAACAUUGCUACACUUUGUAGCUGCGAUACAUUUUGUAUCGUUUUUUUUUUGCAUUUUAGCUUAUAUUUUAGCUUAGCUUUCAAUAAAAAUGUUUUUGUUGAA